AUGUCGAUCUUGCUGAGCGCAUCGACGUGCGCGGUGGGAUCGGAGCAGGGCGAGCACUUGUUCAAGGUCUGCGAUCACAGCCUUCACACGGGCAUGGGGGUCGGCCGAUACAUCCACUCGUCAACCUUCGCUGUUGGCGGACAUAACUGGCGCCUCCGGUAUUACCCGGACGGAUCUACCGAAGAUAGCAAGGACGACAUAGCGGUCGUUCUGGAGCUGCUGAUGGACAUGGGCAUGAAGAUAGACCAGCUACGAAUAUCUUGCACAAUCAGCUUCUUCAGGCUGACAACCAAAAGGUUUUGUUCGUUGUUGGCCUUCACGGAGAAUCUUUCCAGUCCAGAUGACUACCUUGUCUCGCACACCAUAAACAGGGACGACAUGAAAUCAGGGGGCUAUGUUGUCGACGACCGCUUCACUCUCAAAUGUGCCCUCACCGUCAUCAAGGAGCCGUAUGUUAUCGAGGACCAUAUCGAGGUGCCACCAUCCGACAUCACGGAGCAACUCCGGAAGCUGCUAGAUGCAAAGGAGGGCGCGGAUGUGACGUUCGAGGUCCAAGGAGAGGUAUUCCGUGCCCACAAGCUCGUGCUAGCAAUGCGGUCGCCAGUUUUCAAGGCUUUGCUCUACGGGCCGAUGAGGGAGAAGGACUCAAACCGCUUCGUCAUUGAUGACAUGCAACCUGCCAUCUUCAAGGUUUUGCUCCGCUUCAUCUAUACCGACUCGUUGCCUCCCAAUAUGGACGACGACUUGGAGGGAGAUGAUAAGAAAGAGGUGACCAGACACCUGCUUGUGGCUGCGGAUCGUUAUGCCGUGGAAAGGCUGAAGCUUAUGUGCGAAAGCAUCCUCUGCAAAGAGCUCGAUGACAAGUCCGUUGCAACUGUAUUGGCUUUAGCCGAUCGGCAUAGUUGUUCUAGGCUAAAAGAUGCUUGCAUUCGAUUUAUUGCUUCCUGCACUAAAAUAGAUGAUGUGGUGGCAAGCAGAGGGUACAUUCAGCUCAAGAGAACUUGUCCGGAUAGCGUAAUGGAAAUGUGGGAAGAAGCAUGUAAGCUCCGCAAAACCUAG